UAACCUCGGCGCUGCCAGCCCGACCGGGAAGUUGCUGGCCCGUCCGCCAGCCCGGUUCGGUCCCGGCCCCGGGCGGAUUUCAUGGCCCGCGGCGAACGUGGGGCGGGAGCCGGCGUGGGCGAGCCCCCGCGCGCCCCCUCCCUCGGGGAUCCCCUGCGCCCGCUCCCUUCCGCUCGCCGGCUUUUCCGAUGCUCGCGGCGCCCCUCGCCGCCACCGCCCUCACACCGCCGCUUGCCCCUCGGAGCCACCGCCUAAGUCCGGGAGGAGAGAAUGACCGAGGUGCUGUGGUCUGCUGUCCCCAACGGGACGGACGCUGCCUUUCUGGCCAGCCCGGGAUCUCCCUGGGGGAACAGCACGGUCGCCUCCACCGCCGCCGUAGUCGCCUCGUUCAAAUGCUCGCUGACCAAGACGGGCUUCCAGUUCUACUACCUGCCGGUCGUCUACAUCUUGGUGUUCAUCAUUGGCUUCCUGGGCAACAGCGUGGCCAUCUGGAUGUUCGUCUUCCACAUGAAGCCGUGGAGCGGCAUCUCCGUGUACAUGUUCAACUUGGCCGUGGCCGACUUCUUGUACGUGCUGACUCUGCCCGCGCUCAUCUUCUAUUACUUCAAUAAGACAGACUGGAUCUUUGGGGAUGCCAUGUGCAAGCUGCAGAGGUUCAUCUUUCACGUGAACCUCUAUGGCAGCAUCUUGUUCCUAACCUGCAUCAGCGCGCACCGCUACAGCGGCGUCGUGUACCCGCUCAAAUCCCUGGGCAGGCUCAAGAAGAAGAAUGCCAUCUACAUCAGCGUGCUGGUAUGGCUCAUCGUGGUGGUGGGGAUCUCCCCCAUCUUCUUCUAUUCAGGCACGGGGGUCCGGAAAAAUAACACCACCACCUGCUAUGACACCACCUCGGACGAGUACCUGCGAAGUUAUUUCAUCUACAGCAUGUGCACGACCGUGACCAUGUUCUGUAUCCCCUUGGUGCUGAUUCUGGGCUGUUAUGGAUUAAUUGUGAAGGCUUUGAUUUACAAAGACCUGGACAACUCGCCUCUGAGGAGGAAAUCAAUUUCCCUGGUGAUUAUUGUACUGACUGUUUUUGCUGUGUCUUACAUCCCUUUCCAUGUAAUGAAAACAAUGAAUUUGAGGGCCCGGCUGGAUUUUCAGACCCCAGAAAUGUGUGCUUUCAAUGAUAGGGUUUAUGCCACUUACCAGGUGACAAGAGGUCUAGCAAGUCUCAACAGUUGUGUGGACCCCAUUCUCUAUUUCUUGGCUGGAGAUACAUUCAGAAGGAGGCUCUCUCGAGCAACCAGAAAAGCUUCCAGAAGAAGUGAGGCAAAUUUGCAAUCCAAGAGUGAAGACAUGACCCUCAAUAUUUUAUCCGAGUUCAAGCAGAAUGGAGAUACAAGCUUGUGAAGACACAAGAAUCCCCAAACACCCACUUUUGUAACAUGUGAUUCUUCUUUAGCUUUAUACAUCACAUAGUAGACAAUGAUGACAUGUAAAUGCAUGUCAAAUAGUAACAAGAAUGAUCUCACCAACUCCUUCCAGGCAAAAAGAGGUCUCUGGGAAGAGUCUGUACUAAUAGUGAAAACAUACAGAGGAUCAAGAUGAAGCAGUGAUGUAUUGGCUUAAAAUCUGAUUUGUGACAUAUGAUAUGAAUACAUAUUUUAAUAGUAAAGGCAGAAAUCUGUUUGCAUUUUGAUGAAAGAACUGCUAAAAUUAUAGAACUUGUCAGUUAACUGAAUUUCACAAUACAAAACUAUUUUACUGCCAAGUUCAAGGUGUUUUAUGGCACACAAAAGACAUCUUUGACUCUUUGAACAUCAACGUGUUUGCACUGAAAUGAUAAGAGAAUAACCCAAGAAGAGAUAUAGCACGAGUGUAGCGUUCAGAGUUAAAACCAUGACAUUACCACUCAGCCAGCUAUGGAACUUUUGACCAUCUCAACACCAUUAUUAGUGGAUCAGAAAGGUUGGACGGCAUCUGUCUGUUGGGGCUCUGGGGGAAUGUGGAAACAUUUAAACUCGACAGCCAGAGGUGUAUAAAAUCUGCUACCUGGACUCUUCAAUUCCAGUCCUUGGCUAAAAGUUCUUACAAAGUUCACCAGUUGUGAUGUGGACCUACGACCUGUAAGUUUUCUCAAUCUGCUUGUGUAGUACACUAAACUGCAUUUGGAUACAAGAGAUACCAGUGCUUGUAGCAGCUGGAAUUGGACUAGUGACAAUAAAGAUGUGUAACUAGUUAGAGAUCUAUUGAAGCUUUAACUUUGCUGGUCAAAUUGUAGCUAUCAUAAUAGUAUUUAUUAAUGAAGCUUACAGUUCUUCAGUUGUACAGGUUGAAAGACUUUCUUGAAAGACCCAACACACUGAUGUAAAUUAUAUUUAUUACAAUGUAUAAUAUUAAUGUCACACUGGUGUAUUUUGCAUAAUAUAUGGUACAUAGAUAAAGUGAGCUAUUGUAUAUUAUGAUGCUUUUCAAAUAUCAGUAUCGUGAAAUGUGUAAGUCUUUACAGAUUUUUUUUUUAUCUAAAGUAUGAAAAUCUCUUUUGUGAUACAAAUGAUUAAUUUUCUCUAGAAAUGUUUUUGCAUGUUUACCUUUUUGUUUAGGGUUCUUUCUAUACAGACACAGUUUGGUGUCAAACUAUCGUAAGAUCAGUGGUAAAUAGAAAGCAUCUUAGCCAGACUGGAUCUGUAUUGUAUACAUUUUUAUAUAAUAUUAUAGAAAAGUUUAUAUUGUCCUUUCAUGGCAUUUAGAACUGUGCCCCCAAAUAUAAUCAGAGCUUCUAUUUCCAAAUGCAAAAUGCUUGUCCUAAAUUCACAGUAGAUCUCUUAGGUUUUAGAAGUCUGGUGGGAUGGGCAUUAUUGAUACAACAUUAGAAUUUGAGGAAAAACUUUAGGGAGAUGGGGAAAGAGGCAGCUGGUGUAAUCAGUUACUGUGCUCAGAAUCUGCUUAAAUGUUUGUUGCUGUGUUUCUUCUUAAGGUGAAAUAGUAAAACCUUAAGUUAUUAGAGAUGGAGUUUCUAAGUAACACACUACCAGCAAGUUUAACACUGCUAUUAAUUCUAGUCUGUUUUAUUUGUUCAGUGGAUAACUUUAAUUCCAAGUUUUAUAGUGAUAACUAUAUUAUAUUUGGCUGCUGAAUUCUGUUACAAUUUUUAUUCUGUUGUACAUUGUAUUAUACACAUCAUUAUAAAUUAAUAUGAAGGGGAAUAUAUGUGACAUAUAAAAAUGUGUGAAUUUGAAUUCUGGUAUGUUUUAGUGCUUUUGCAAAAAUGUUUAUUUUUAUAUUAUCUGUGAUUUUAAUAUAGAUAACUGAACUAGGUUUCUUUGUGAUUAAUAGUGCCAUUGAAUAAGCGAUAUGGAAACAGUGUUACUUGACAUUUUGAGCUUUCUCAGGUUUAUCUAAAUCAAUGGUAGCUUAACAAAUUGCAGACUAAUUGUGCACAGUUGUGUUUUUAAUAAAAGGAAUGUAGAGUUCCUAUACAUUUGCAUGCAGAAGUGUACAAUAUUGUGUGUGUGUGUGUGUGUGUGUGUGUGUCUAAGGCAUGACAGCCAACUUUGCAUCUGCUAUUGAUAAUAACACCAGAGCCUUGAUAUAAUCAAGGCCAAGAGAAUUGUACCUACCACAAACAAUUAAAACGGAAAAAGUCUCAAUAAAAUUAUGAAAUGUGG